UGCUUCAACACACAUGCCGUCUCUCAGAAAUCUCUCAGAUCCAUUCCUCUCUCAAUCAGCCAGCCACUGUUAAACCCUUUUGAUUUCUCUCUCUCUUUGUUUAUAAAGUUUUCAACUUUACAUGAGUCCUUUCCCUCUCUCUCUCUCUCUCUCUCUCUCUCUACAAUCUCCUGAUAAAGGUAGUUGCUUUAUGCAGACAAGUUCUUGGGUCUUGAGAUUCCUGGGCUCUAUGUUCUCCACUCUAAUGAUAAAUGCCUGAAACCCUCUUCUUGAUCUGGGCACAUGUUGCAAAUUGAGGAGAAAAAAUCAUUCCUUUCUUUCUGGGUUGCAGUGUUCUCAUAGUUCUAGGGUUCCUUUAGGAGUGAUGAAUCUUUAAAGGAGGCAACUUUUGAUUAUAGUAUUCAAUUUUGGGUAAAAUUGAGAGAUGGGUUGUGUUUGGUGUAAGCCCUCUGCUAUAGAAGACAGUCCAAAGGAGAGGCUUUCAAGCAAACCCUCUUCCGAGUAUAGAGUUACAAGACCAGUUGGUUCUUCUAGAAGAGAAGAGUCUGUUAGGACAAAGGAACGUUCUGAUGUUGUUAGUGUAGUAAGACCAGUGUUGAGUAACAGUAGUAGAAGAGAGAAGAAGUUAGGGAAUGUUGCAACUCCAGAGUUUCCAAUAGCAAAAGCAGCUGAAGGAGAGUAUGUAGCUGCAGGCUGGCCUCCAUGGUUGGCCUCUGUAGCUGGAGAAGCUAUCAAAGGAUGGGUUCCACGCCGUGCUGAUUCCUUCGAGAAGCUGGACAAAAUAGGUCAGGGUACUUAUAGUAAUGUGUAUAGAGCUAGAGACCUGAAUCAGAAGAAGAUUGUGGCAUUGAAGAAAGUAAGGUUUGAUAACUUAGAGCCUGAGAGCGUUCGUUUUAUGGCAAGAGAGAUCCAGAUACUGCGCCAUCUUGAUCAUCCCAACAUCAUUAAGCUAGAAGGCUUAGUGACAUCAAGAAUGUCCUGCAGCUUAUACCUCGUCUUCGAGUACAUGGAACAUGAUCUAGCCGGACUAGCCUCGCAUCCCGCAGUUAAAUUUUCCGAAUCGCAGGUUAAAUGCUACCUGCAGCAAUUGUUAAGUGGACUAGACCAUUGUCACAGCCGCGGCGUGCUUCACAGGGAUAUAAAAGGAUCAAACCUUCUGAUAGAUAACAGUGGAGUUUUGAAGAUUGCUGACUUUGGCUUAGCUAGCUUCUUUGAUCCUCGUCAGACACAGCCUUUGACUAGCCGUGUUGUGACUCUUUGGUACCGCCCGCCUGAGCUUUUGCUCGGAGCUACUCGGUAUGGAGCAGCUGUUGAUUUGUGGAGUACUGGUUGCAUUCUCGCUGAGCUGUAUGCAGGCAAGCCUAUCAUGCCUGGUAGAACCGAGGUUGAACAGUUGCACAAGAUUUUCAAGCUAUGUGGCUCACCUUCCGAGGAGUAUUGGGUUAAAUCAAGGUUGCCUCAUGCAACCAUUUUCAAGCCUACACAGCCUUAUAAACGCGUAGUUGAUGAAACAUUCAAGGAGUUUCCUCAGCCAGCUUUAGCCCUUCUUGAGACUCUUCUUUCAGUCAAUCCCGACGACCGUGGAACCGCCACUUCAGCCCUCCACAGUGAGUUCUUUUCCACAAGACCUCUUCCGUGUGAUCCUUCAAGCUUACCUAAAUAUCCUCCCAGCAAAGAGCUUGAUGCGAGGAUGCGUGAUGAAGAAAGUAGAAGACAAGGUGGAGGAAACAGGGAGCAAAGACACCAAGAAAGGAGAGGAACUAAGGAAUCUCGAGCCAUCCCUGCCCCUGAAGCAAACGCAGAGCUGGUUACAUCAAUGCAGAAAAGGCAGAGCCAGUCUAGUACUAAUAGAAGCAGAAGCGAGAAGUUUAAUCCACAUCCUGAAGAAGUUGCAUCUGGUUUCCCAAUCGAUCCACCAAGGCCAUCAUCACAAGCAUCUGAACCAAACAGAGAAUCUCAGGGCAACAUUGUUCUUCCUCCUCACAAGAGAGCUUCACAUUCAGGUCCUCUGACGCGUAGAUCAGCUUCUGCAAAGGGUAGAAGGACGUACCAAGAUCCUCAGAAAGUCUCAUUACAACAAGAGACUUGCAGAGGAAUGACUAGGCUUCCAGGCUCCUUCAAUGAAGUCUCUGAAGAAGCAAACCAAGAAGAGAAUGGUAGAAGCAACAAGAAAGACCCAAUUCUUUUGGGUUAUGGAUCAAAAGGGCAUAAGAUUCAUUAUUCAGGACCUUUGGUGGUUCCAUCAGGAAACAUGGAUCAGGUGUUGAAAGACCAUGACCGGCAUAUCCAAGAAGCUGUGAGAAGAGCAAGAAUCGAUAAGGCUAGAGUUAGGAAACAUCAAGCUGAAGAAGAUUCGGGCCAACAAGUAUCGACCAAUCAUCCUUCGUCUGUUUCUAGCCGUUGACUAUCUCAGAGGCAAGAGAGCUUAUGAUCAAACCAAAAACUUAUCUGCCUAAAACUUUUUAACACGUCCUAUUUUGAGUGAAAAUAAUGUACUUUUAUUUAUUCAAGAUUAUAUAUCAUAGAAUCAAAUAUUCAAAUC